AGUGUCUCGGCUUCAGCUCUGGCUGCGGAGAGUGAGCUGCCAGAGUUGAACAGGGCAGACUGGAAAGUGGACAGGCUGGGCUGUAGUGAGAAGCUGGAUAGAGGGAAUGCGGGCCAUGCUGCAUGCGGCUGCCUGUAGUCUUUUGGUGUAUCCAUAGGAAGUGGAGAAGACAGAAGACAGCAUGUCCAGAGCACAACCACCAGAAGACACCAGAAGGAAGCCAGUGUUGGGAAAACUCAGCACUCUUUUUACGGCUGGAAGGAGAAGGAACACCAGGAACGGAUUAGAGAGCCCCACCAACUCAAAUAGCAAAUCUGCCUCUGCUAAAGUCCCAGAAACAGAGAGUGAGAAAAGUAAGGCUCAGGGCAAUCAACUAAAGGCAACCGACGCGGGCGAGGCUGGCGAGGCGGGCUCCAGGCAGGAGGCUGAGGGACAACCCGCUGAGAGCAGUGUUCAGGCAACCGUCUGCGACGCCGAACUGUCCCCUUGCUCCAGCAUCAAUGUAGGGGCUGUGCAGCAGUGCUACGACAAUGAUUCAGCCCAAUUAGAACCUCUCCAGGCAGAGGGAGAGACUUUCCCAGAUGCCACCACCGCUGCCAAGGAGCUGCUGCAUUCCUCACCAGGGAAUCGCUCCGGGCAGGAGAGCGCAGAGACGCCCGCCCGCAGUCCGGGGGAGGACGCGUUGCCUGGCGCUGGCCUCCAACCAGAGACAGCGAGGGGUGUGUCGGGGUCGCCGCCAGAGGAGCACCUCGUGGGAGGAGUAGGAGAGGCCCCCGACGGAGCCCCCGGCGUGGGUACCGAAGCGGGCUCUCUGGGGGCCCCCGGGGACGCGGUUCCUCCAGGUGAGCCUCCCGCCCAGGGCGCAGAGACCAGCGGGACAGCCGGGCCGGUCGACCGCGCGAAUCCCACCAAAGUGCUAAAGUUGGACAUUUACUUGAGCAAGACUGAGGUGGCUCAGGUGGACGAGCCGGCCUCGAUUGCUCCGGGGACAGACGACUGCGAGGAUUCGGACGACAUGGAAAAGAGGUCAGGCGGCCGCCGGUCGGGUCGGCGGAGGAAGUCGCAGAAAUCCACCGACUCCCCGGGAGCGGACGCCGUAGUGGCGCCCGAGAGUGUCACCAAGGACGACGCGGUGUUCGACGACGAGGUGGCGCCAGACGCCGCGGCUGAGAACUGCUCGGCGGAAAGGAAAGUGAAAUCGGUACAAGCGGUUCCCGACGGAGGCGCAGCCCCGCUCGCCAGCCCGGAGCCAAAGCCCAGCUCCUGCCUUAGAGGGCAACCGCGAGGGGAGCCGGAGCGCGGCAAGCCCCUGUCGCCCACCAAGCGGAAGGGUCGCAGCCGCGUCCCCGAGGCCGUGCCCAGCUCGCCCGGCAGCGGCUCGCGCGCUCCCGCCAAGGAGUCCCCACCCAAGAGGGCGCCCUCCGUGGCGGACAGCGGGGAGGAGGCGGGCCGCGUUGCCCCGCGGGAGCUCACGGUCAAAAGCAGCUCGCUGCUGCCCGAGAUCAAGCCGGAGCACAAGAGAGGUCCGCUGCCCCACCACUUCGAUAGCCGGGGCGACGGGGGUCGCAGCCGAGAGUCGAGCAGGGGAACAGGAGCGUCCGACGUCGAUGGCCUGAAGCCCAGGAACCAGUUCGGUGUGGGCAGAUCGACUGUGACCACCAAAGUGACCCUCCCCGCCAGACCCAAACAUGUGGAACUAAAUCUGAAAACCCCGAAGAAUCCUGACAGUUUGGGAAAUGAGCACAGUCCAUUUAGCCAGCCGGUUCAUAAGGGAAACACAGCCAACAAAAUCUCCUUAUUUGAAAACAAGCGGGCUAACGGCAGCCCCAGACACCCUGACGUCCGUAACACGAGAAACAAUCCUCCCUCUAAUAAGACAUUUGUUGGCAGGGCUAAGCUGAACUUAGCCAAAAAGGCCAAAGAAAUGGAGCAAUCUGAAAAGAAAGCUGUGUCAACCAGCCACCAGAAUGGUCUGGUGGCCAAGGAGCCAUCUGCAGAAGGCAAAGCCACAGAAGUCUCUGUCUCCAGAGAAGAGAUUCUUCCAGCCACCAGAGGAGGGGAAGCAGAGCCCACCAAGGAUCAGGUCCUCCGUCCUGAGCCUGAUCAAAGUGAUAAGCUGGAUGUACAAACAGAUGCUGCCUGUCCUUCCCACCCAGUGGCCACUGCUCUGGUUCCUGUGAAGGAUCCUGAGCUCUCCGGAGAGAGCCACCCAGAGGCUGCCAACAGCAAAAGCCCCAUUCUUAACAACGCAAAUGAUACUGCACAGGACAUCACUGUCAUUUGUGAUACCAGAGAGUCUCCCCCAAAGCCACAGGGUGCAUUUUCUGACUCACAGCCAGCAGCAAGUGAAUCAUCUAAGGAGUCUUCUCUCCCACCUUCUGCACCCCUUCCUGUGGACGCCCUCCAAGAUGGCUGUGUUCAACUUCCUGUAUGCAAUGUUCCCUACCCUGCUCUAGACGUGUCAGAAAACCACAAUGGAUCUGUUUUGCCGGCGUCUCCUCACACUGAGAAAACACCAGUUUCCAAACCUGGAGGGGGAGAAGCCAGCCCUCUUUCAACCUCAGAGCACAGCCCAGAAACUAUGGGGAAGGAGUGUCCCUCCAAAGUCCUCGUCCAGGUCCGAUCCUUUGUGCUUCCCGUGGAGAACCCUCAGGAUGUGAGCUCUCAGAUCAUCUCAGAAAGCUCUGAAGUUAGAGAGGUGCAGCUGCCAAGCUGUCAUAGUAAUGAGCCUGAAGUGGUUUCUGUCACCAAUUGUGUUCCCCAGCAAGAGGACAUACCGGACACAUCACCCAAGGACACCCAUCAUGGAGAAGAGCAUGUGGCACGGUCUCGCCCACACAUCACACAGCCAGGACCUGAGAAGGCUCUGCCCAUCCAGGCUCACAGUCAGAGCAGCAGCGGGACACCCCUGACAGCAGAGUUCAGCCUCACCCACUCUCCCAACAGCAGAAGUCAUUCAGAAGGCCCCCAAAGGCCGGGUCAAACUGUGACCAGCCCACUUACCCCCGCCAGUCUUUUGAACGUUUCUGCUAGUAGUGACGAUAGUGUCUUGGAUUCUUCUUCUGAUAUGGAAAAAUUCACUGAAAUUAUUAAAAAGAUGGACAGUGCAGCCUGUGUGCCCCAGAAAAAAAAGAAGGCCAGGGUCCCAAACUCUCCAGCCCCUCACUUCGCUAUGCCUCCCAUUCAUGAGGACAGUUUGGAAAAGGUGUUUGAUCCCAACGUGUUUACCAUUGGUUUGGGGAAGAAGAAGGAAAGCCAGCCAGAGAUGUCACCAGCUUUGCACUUGUUGCAGAACCACGACCCCUUAUCCAAACUGAGAGCCAAGCGUGCGUCCACCGAGCAGAGCAUCCUCUUCAAGUCCUUGCACGCUAACAGUAAUGGGAAGAGUGAGCCGCAGACAGCUUCAGAAGCAAGUGACAAAGAGAACAGGGACAUCAACAGCAGUGGCAUUAAGAGGUCACGGCUAGAAAAAAGCACGCUUUUCUCAAGCAUGCUUUCUUCUCUGCCACAAGACAAAAUCUUCUCUCCCUCUGUGACGUCAGUCAACACCAUGAGCACAUCUUUCAGUACUUCUCAGAACAGCUCGGUAUCUCAGUCAUCAGUGGUACAGCCCAGGAAGGAGGGCGGCCUGCCCUGUGGCUCAGACAAAGAACAGCCACACCUUGCACCCCACAACUCCUUAAAGGUCUUCAAUUUCAACUCAUCAAAUACAUCUCACCUGGGUCCCAGCCACAUGGAAAAGUACCCACAGAAAGAAGAAAGCAAGGAAGAUGUGAGUUCUCAGGGCAACCUGCACUUGCCAGAAAACAACCUUUCGGACUUACCCAAACUGAAGAUCAGUGAUGGUGUGGAAAGCGUUCUUAAAUCAAACCUGCCGAACAUCGGCAGCGUGGACACGGACUUCCUGGGCCUUUUCAAAGCAAGCCGGUAUGACCCAGGCCUUUCUUUUUCUGGAAUGUCAUUAUCAGACUCGAUGACUCUUAGAGGAAGUAUGCACAACAAACUCAAUCCCCGGCCUGGCAAGGUAGUGAUAUUCAGUGAGCCCAACGUCUCUGAGGAGUGCAUCGAGGUGUUUGGGGACAUCGAGGACUGCAGCUCUUGGCGCCUCUCUCCAUUGAUACUAGUGAAAGUUGUCCGAGGAUGUUGGAUUUUGUAUGAGAAAGCCAAUUUUGAAGGGCACUCUCUUGCUCUAGAAGAAGGGGAAUUGGAACUCUCUUGUCUCUGGGGCACGGAGGAUAUCUUGGAUGAAGAAGCAGAGUCUGAUAAGCCUGUGGUAAUUGGUUCCAUCAGACAUGUGGUUCAGGACUACAGAAUCAGUCAGAUUGACUUGUUUACUGAGCCGGAAGGGUUAGGAGUCCUGAGCUCAUACUUUGAUGACACUGAGGAGAUGCAGGGCUUCGGUGUGUUGCAGAAGACUUGUUCCAUCAAGGUGCACUGGGGAACGUGGUUGAUCUAUGAAGAGCCUGGAUUCCAAGGUGUCCCCUUCAUCCUGGAGCCGGGAGAAUACCCUGACUUAUCCUUCUGGGAUACGGAAGAAGCAUACAUUGGAUCCAUGCGGCCUCUGAAAAUGGGUGGCCGUAAAGUUGAAUUCCCUACAGAUCCCAAGGUAAUUAUUUAUGAAAAGCCCUCCUUUGAAGGAAGGUGCAUGGAGCUAGAGACAGAAAUGAGUAGCUUAAUCACGGAAGGAGGUGAGACAGAAGAAGCAACUGGAAAUGACCAUUUGCCCUUCACAUCGGUGGGGUCUAUGAAAGUCCUCAGAGGCGUCUGGGUUGCUUAUGAGAAGUGUGGCUUCACUGGUCACCAGUAUUUGCUGGAAGAGGGAGAGUACAGGGACUGGAAUGCCUGGGGCGGCUACAGUGGAGAGCUCCAGUCUCUGCGGCCUAUAUUAAGUGAUUUUUCAAAUUCGCACAUGAUAAUGUACAGUGAGAAGAACUUUGGCUCCAAAGGCUCCAGUAUUGAUGUCUUGGGAAUUGUUGCCAAUUUAAAGGACACCGGCUAUGGAGUGAAAACACAGUCAAUCAAUGUACUGAGUGGCGUGUGGGUAGCCUAUGAGAACCCCGACUUCACAGGAGAGCAGUACAUACUGGACAAAGGCUUCUAUACCAGCUUUGAGGAUUGGGGAGGCAAAAAUUGUAAGAUCUCCUCCGUGCAGCCCAUAUGCCUGGAUUCUUUCACUGGUCCAAGGAGACGAAAUCAGAUUCACUUGUUUUCAGAGCCACAGUUCCAAGGUCACAGUCAAAGUUUUGAAGAGACUAUAGAUCAAAUUGAUGAUUCGUUUCAGACCAAGUCUUGCAGAGUUUCGGGAGGCAGCUGGGUUGCGUAUGAUGGAGAAAAUUUCUCUGGCAAUCAGUAUGUACUGGAAGAAGGCCACUACCCUUGUCUCUCAGCAAUGGGAUGCCUGCCUGGAGCAACCCUGAAGUCUCUUCGCUUUAUAGAUUUUGAAUUUUCCGAGCCAACAAUUAUUCUUUUUGAAAGAGAAAACUUCAAAGGGAAAAAGAUAGAACUGAACGCUGAAACCGUCAAUCUCCGCUCCCUGGGAUUCAGCACUCAGAUCCGCUCCGUGCAGGUCGUUGGUGGCAUAUGGGUUACUUAUGAGUAUGGCAAUUACAGAGGCCGGCAGUUCCUGCUGUCUCCUGCAGAAGUGCCAAACUGGUAUGAGUUCAGUGCCUGUCGCCAAAUAGGCUCCCUCCGGCCCUUUGCUCAGAAACGAAUUUACUUCAGACUUCGAAACAAAGCGACAGGACUAUUUAUGUCAACCAACGGGAACUUAGAGGACCUGAAGCUUCUCCGAGUCCAGGUCAUGGAAGAUGUCGGUGCUGAUGAUCAGAUUUGGAUCUAUCAGGAAGGGUGCAUCAAAUGCCGGAUAGCAGAAGACUGCUGCCUGACGAUCGUGGGCAGCCUCGUCACAUCUGGCUCCAAACUAGGACUGGCCCUCGAUCAAAAUGUUGACAGUCAGUUCUGGUGCAUGAAGUCAGACGGCAGGAUCUACAGCAAGCUGAAACCAAAUUUAGUGUUGGAUGUGAAAGGGGGUGCGCAGUAUGAUCAAAAUCACAUCAUCCUCAACACAAUGAACACAGAGAAGCUAACACAAGUGUGGGAAGCCAUGGUCCUGUGAACCUGAACCAGGACUGCAGGAGGAGUAUUUCUAGGGGAUUUUCUGGCCACCUUAUUGAAGAAAAAUACAAUUACAGAGCUGCUGAGAGAGCCAAGUGGAAAGUGGACCAGAGGCCAUGGCAGACAGAAUUAUCUUUUCAAAAACAUUUGAGUUUGAAGCCAAUAGUUUGUUGUUCUUGUUUUUUGCCUUUUAUUUUAUCAGUAGCUCCUUCAACAGGCUGCCCCAGUCGCAGCUUUAGGGUAUAAAGAUCAAGACAAGACCACAUUGUGAUUUUUUUUCCAGAAACAGGAGGGGACAAGACCUCUGAGUGUGGACAUACAGAUGAUUCCCUUAGAGGGAAGGACAAAAGCCCAAGUUGGUUGUCAGAAGAUUUUAGCAUUGGAGCAUGCGCUGUCAGACUUCUGAUCCAUGGCCUUAACACUUCCAGGACCAUUUAUGCUGGAUGGCAGAGUGGCAAAGUCCUAUAUUCUUAUUCCAAGAAGUUUAAUAAGUAUAAACAAAACACUAUUUUCAAUUAGUAUUCAAAUGAAUAAAUUUACAAAAUUUUAUGUUGAUGCCUGCUCAUGAACAGAACUUGGUUAAUUAGCCUAUGGACUGCCCUCAAGUGUCUACAGAUGGUUUAAUACCUUCCUUACAGCUGCUACUGGGAUAGAAUUAUGGCCUAACUUAUUAACCCUUACUUUGCUAUCCACACCUAAUGCUAAAGCCAUACUCUAUACUUUUGGUUAAACCAAGACCUUUCAGCCUGGUUUCUCUAGGGCCACUUGCAGGAUGACUGCUUUGGAACUGAGGACACCAGGACCUCUCUUCUGCAGCAGAGGUGUGCAGAGUGAGGGAGAUAUCCCAAGGGCAAUGUGCACUGUUGUUGCAGAGGGAUGCAGACCUCAGUGGGCACUUCAGGAGCAACUGUGUGAUUCCCUGGCCCAGCCCUGCUGCUCAAACUGCACACUGUGCUUUUUAAGCCAAACUGCCAGACAUUUCCUGGAACAGACCUUCCUCAUCACAGUACUGGUGCUCUUGUCAGAGGCUGAACAAAUCCUACUUCUGUUUCACCUGUUCAAGCCUGCUUCCUCUCUGGAGCCAAGAAUAGGCAAUUGAUCGUCCGAAUGUCUAUCUGCAGUUUAAACCGUGCACAAAGGGCAGCACGUCACACGUCUGUCUUGUUCUGUGUACAUCUCUGACUGUAGUCCUUUUGUGUGCGUCCCUACAGUACAGGGGGGUAAGAUAGCCUGUAAAAGACUGUUGAGUUUGUCUUUUGAAUAAACUUAUUCCUGGUUAACUACAC